UCAGAAUGUGAGGUUUCUCUCAAAGGCAUCUUGCAUCAGCCUGUGGAUGUAUGCCUACCACGGGGCUCCUCCACCGGCAAAGUGGAAAAAGAAGCGUUUCACAACAGAUUCUUCUUUUCGGGUUGGGGGAACGCAGUGGAUUAUAGCUCUGUUUUCUUCCAUCCAAAACUGUGCACUUCUGGAUGAACGAGAUCCACAACUGGUCAGGGGUUCAAUGCUCUAGAAAGUUCCAAGGCUGUGACUUGACGCAAAGAAGCUGCAAUAAUUGAAGAGAAGCAGAGGCCAGCUCUUCCUGAGGAUCCUGUCCCUCAGAGAAUGCUCUGCACCCAUGGAUGCUCCAGUGCCAACGCCAUCUGCUGAGAUGAUCCUGAUCCCCCGAAUGCCCUCCGUGCUGCUCCUGCUGCUGCCUGUCUUGAGUUCCGCAGAAGCUCAGGUUAACCCAGCUAUAUGCCGCUAUCCUCUGGGCAUGUCAGGAGGCCACAUUCCAGAUGAGGACAUCACAGCUUCCAGUCAGUGGUCAGAGUCCACAGCUGCCAAAUAUGGAAGGCUGGACUCGGAAGAAGGGGAUGGAGCCUGGUGUCCUGAGAUUCCAGUGGAACCUGAUGACCUGAAGGAGUUUCUGCAGAUCGACUUGCACACCCUGCACUUUAUCACUCUGGUGGGGACCCAGGGGCGCCAUGCAGGGGGCCAUGGCAUUGAGUUUGCCCCCAUGUACAAGAUCAACUACAGCCGAGAUGGCACUCGCUGGAUCUCUUGGCGGAACCGGCAUGGGAAACAGGUGCUGGAUGGAAAUAGUAACCCCUAUGACAUUUUCCUAAAGGAUUUGGAGCCACCAAUUGUGGCCAGAUUUGUCCGCUUUAUCCCAGUAACUGAUCACUCCAUGAACGUGUGCAUGAGGGUGGAGCUUUACGGAUGUGUCUGGCUGGAUGGCUUGGUGUCUUACAGCGCUCCAGCUGGACAGCAGUUUGUUCUGCCGGGAGGUUCCAUCAUUUAUCUCAACGAUUCUGUCUAUGAUGGAGCUGUUGGGUACAGUAUGACUGAAGGGCUGGGCCAGUUGACUGAUGGGGUGUCUGGCCUGGAUGAUUUCACCCAGACCCAUGAGUACCAUGUGUGGCCAGGCUAUGACUACGUGGGCUGGAGAAAUGAGAGUGCCACCAAUGGUUACAUCGAGAUCAUGUUUGAGUUUGAUCGCAUCAGGAAUUUCACUACUAUGAAGGUCCACUGCAACAACAUGUUUGCUAAGGGUGUGAAGAUUUUUAAGGAGGUCCAGUGCUACUUCCGCUCUGAAGCCAAUGAAUGGGAACCUAACGCCGUCUCCUUUCCGCUGGUGCUGGAUGACGUCAACCCCAGUGCUCGGUUCGUCACCGUGCCCCUCCACCACCGCAUGGCCAGCGCCAUCAAGUGCCAAUACCAUUUUGCUGACACCUGGAUGAUGUUCAGUGAGAUCACCUUCCAAUCAGAUGCUGCAAUGUACAACAACUCUGGAGCCCUGCCCACAUCGCCUGUGGCACCCACAACCUAUGAUCCAAUGCUUAAAGUUGAUGACAGCAACACCCGAAUCCUGAUUGGCUGCUUGGUAGCCAUCAUCUUCAUUCUCUUGGCCAUCAUUGUCAUCAUCCUUUGGAGGCAGUUCUGGCAGAAAAUGCUGGAGAAGGCCUCCCGGAGGAUGCUAGAUGAUGAAAUGACAGUCAGCCUUUCCCUGCCCAGCGAAUCCAGCAUGUUCAACAAUAACCGCUCCUCAUCACCAAGUGAGCAGGAGUCCAACUCCACUUAUGAUCGCAUCUUUCCGCUUCGCCCUGACUACCAGGAGCCAUCCAGGCUGAUACGAAAACUUCCAGAAUUUGCUCCAGGGGAGGAAGAAUCAGGCUGCAGUGGCCUUGUGAAGCCAGUCCAGCCCAGUGGGCCUGAGGGCGUGCCCCACUACGCAGAGGCUGACAUCGUGAACCUCCAGGGGGUGACUGGAGGCAACACCUACUCUGUGCCUGCCGUCACCAUGGACCUGCUCUCGGGAAAAGAUGUGGCUGUGGAAGAGUUCCCCAGGAAGCUCUUAACAUUCAAGGAGAAGCUGGGUGAAGGCCAGUUUGGGGAGGUUCAUCUCUGUGAAGUGGAGGGAAUGGAAAAGUUCAAAGACAAAGAUUUUGCCCUAGAUGUCAGUGCCAACCAGCCUGUCCUGGUGGCUGUGAAAAUGCUCCGAGCAGAUGCCAACAAGAAUGCCAGGAAUGAUUUUCUUAAGGAGAUAAAGAUCAUGUCCCGGCUCAAGGACCCAAACAUCAUCCGUCUCUUAGCUGUGUGUAUCACUGAGGAUCCUCUUUGUAUGAUCACUGAGUACAUGGAAAAUGGAGAUCUCAAUCAGUUUCUUUCCCGCCACGAGCCACCCAGUUCUUGCUCUGCCAAUGUACCCACUGUGAGUUAUGCCAACCUGAAGUUUAUGGCUACCCAGAUUGCAUCUGGUAUGAAGUACCUUUCCUCACUUAAUUUUGUUCAUCGAGAUCUGGCCACACGAAACUGCUUAGUGGGUAAGAACUAUACCAUCAAGAUAGCUGACUUUGGAAUGAGCAGAAACCUAUACAGUGGUGACUACUACCGAAUCCAGGGCCGGGCAGUGCUCCCGAUCCGCUGGAUGUCCUGGGAGAGCAUCUUGUUGGGCAAAUUCACCACAGCAAGUGAUGUGUGGGCCUUCGGGGUGACUCUGUGGGAGACUUUCACCUUUUGCCAGGAACAGCCCUAUUCCCAGCUGUCAGAUGAACAGGUCAUUGAGAAUACUGGAGAGUUCUUCCGAGACCAAGGGAGGCAGACUUACCUCCCUCAGCCUGCCAUUUGCCCUGACUCCGUGUAUAAGCUGAUGCUCAGCUGCUGGAGAAGAGACACCAAGCAGCGGCCCUCCUUCCAGGAGAUCCACCUUCUGCUACUUCAGCAGGUGGAUGAGUGAUGCUGCAGAGCCCGGAACAGGUCCGCCUCACGAGCCCCAGCAGCACCCUCGCUUAAGCCACCCCAUCUGGACACUGAAUGCACCCGGGAGACAGAGGCUUGUUUGUCUUUCUCUCUUUCUGUCCCUCGUCUCCCUCCACUCCACUCCCCCACUCUCUACCCCUGACACAUAUAUACUUUUUUUACAUUAAAGAACUAAAAAGAAAAAAAAAAGCCUAGGACAGAUAAAAUCUAGUAAAGCAUCUGACUUGAUAUACUUAAAGUAUUGGAUAACAAAGGCUAGAUAAUUUAGAUAAUUUAUAAAGGAUAAAUAUGUUUGUGUUUAUGAAUGUGCAGAUUCUACAAUGUAUUUUCCCUGUCACCUUUUAAAAAGUGAUUUCAGAAAGAAAAACUUGAAGAAUGCUAAUGUCUUAGGAAACAUGAGACUAGGCGUAGGGAAAACACUUGGUAAGUGUGGAGAAUCUGAUGACAUGGUAUUCAGUAACUAGUCACCAAUGGUUUGAUUUCCUAAUUUGGCCUGUAGACAUGUCCUAAACUCUGCAUUUCCCUCUCCUGGCAAAAUAGAUGUUACAUGCUUGGAAAAAACUCAACUUACUGGAAUGGUGGUUUUGUUCAUUCCUGAGCAGGGAUGAGGGUUGAGAUCUAUAUGCAUAGGAAAUACAGAGUAUGUACAUAGGAAAGAAUAUUUACUGCAAGGCUCUAUGAACAGGGAUUGUUAUUUGGGAAAAAAAAUGUGCCUCAUGCAUGGAAAUAUUCUUAAAUAGAGAAUGGACACAGGAAAAGGGGUCAGUGGACGACAGGUAACAGAUGUGCUGCUCAUUUCCUCACAGGGUCCUCCUCUCACCUUGUUCAGACAUUUUCAGGUGUGUGUUUUAGUGAGAGCCUGAUUUUGAGUCAGUACAAACUGUUGUUUCUAUAGCUUGAUCCUAGGCCCUUUGGUUCAUCUCCUCCAAAACUUCCAGCUCUUUUAAUGGAUGAAUACUCUAUGGAACCUAUGUGCUGGGGAUGAAAUUUCUCAGGCAUAAAUCUGAAGGUCAUGUACAAUAGGGAAUAGAUACAUUCUGAGUGUUUCCAAAGGGUUGACUGAGGAUUGGUGAAAGGAAAUUACAGGGAGAUUGAUUUUAACUCCCUAUUAGGGAAAAUAUAGCCAGAGGCAGAAUAUACAAGGAUGAAUGGGCUGCCUCGAGAGGUGGGGAGUCCUUUGUCACUGAAGAGGUUGAGAUACAGGCUGAAGACUAGGAAAGAAAGAGGUAGGGUUUCAGACAUCAUACGUGGUUGUGGGAGAUGAUAUUUUAUGUCCUUUUAACCCUAGGAGUUCUUGAGAGGAGCAGGUUGAGUGUGGAAGAGUCAUCUGCUGCUACUGCUUGGGAUUUACACUCUUGCCUUGGCGAUGGUAUGACCAGCAGAAAAAGAAAGCUUGAGGCUCUGGCUUCAGAAUCCAUGGAUACUGAUAACACUGUUAAAUAAAAAUCCCCUCAGAACAGAUUCUGAGCUUUCACACUCCACAGAUCCUCAGAUGCAGUAGGAAACAGGAAAAGGGAAUGAGAUGGUCUUGAAGUCUCUUCCAGCUCUGAUAUAUUCAGACCUCAUUGGAUAAUUGAAUCUACAAUUGCUGCAGACUCAGUGUCCAGUCAUCUCCUGCUCUGAAAAUUGUGGUCAGCAAAAGAGAUCAUGUGAAGAAGUCACGAUAAUAGUAGUAAUAGGACACCUGCCACUGGCUCAGUGCUUUAAAGUUUAUCAUGUGUUUCUCCAUACUUUAUCUCACUUGAUAUCUGCAGGACCAGACAUGUCCUCAUGUUCUUUUAUACUUGGGACCUGCCACACACUCUGGUCUUCUCAAGAUCAGUAAUAGCUUUGUGUACUAUUCAUAGUUCCCCAGAGAAACAGAACUUUUAUAUAUAUAUAUAUAUGUAUAUAUAUAUAUAUAUAUGAUUUAUUAUAACGAAUUGGGGAAUUGAGUUACAUAAUUAUGGAGACUGAGGAGUUCCACAAAGCUGGUGGUGAUGUACUUCUGAGAACCAGAAGGUUAAAGGUUUAAGUUGAGAGCAGAAGACUGAUGUGUGAGCUUAAGCAGUCAGGCAGAGAGGGUAAAUACCCCCUACUUUUUCCUUCUAUGGAGGCCUUCACCAGAGUAGUUGAUGCCCACCCAUGCUGGAGAAGGCAAUCUUCCUUACUCAGCUCACCAAUGAAAAUGUUAAUCUCAUCUGGAAACACCCUUAUAGAAAAACACCCAGAAGUAAUGUUUAAUCUGGGUGCCACAUGUCUCUGUCAAGUUGAUGCAUUGAAGUUCAUCUUUCCAUUUCAGUAGAAUCAAAGGGACUUGAAAUCAGGGCCUGCAACUUGUUCUCCUUGAUCCAUGAGCAUCUGGCAGGCCUACAUUCAGACCAGGCCAUGACUUCCUAUGUGGCAAGAGGAACUAUGUAAUGUAAUUUCUCCUUCUUUUGUCUAGUAUCUUUCCACUUACUUCUUUUUACAAUUCUGCCUCAAGCCACUGCAUUGCAUGAUACCAUACAAAAAUCCUUUAAAAUUAACUUAGUAUGUCUAGAUUUUCCUGGGCUUGAGUCAUACAGGUGAUCUGUUUCAAGCAACUGGCAAAUAUGUAUUGUCAGGUACAGUUAUCUUUUUCUGGGAUGAGGAAGGUUCCAUCUUCUGGCACUAAGACUUUUGUCCUACCAGACACCGUUUUAACUUCUCCUUUAGUCAUACAUGUUGCGUUCAGCAGCACAAAUCUAAGAGAGCCAUCAGGGUAAAUGAUCAAGGCUAGGUAUCUAGAAUUUAAAAGUAGGUGGACUUUUAAAGAAUAGAAGAAUGAAGCGAAGAAUUAUGUAGAAAAGAAGGUAGGAAAAAGGAUGAGAACUGUGGGGCCUUCCUAACCUUUCUAGGAAGUCAUCCUCUUCAUGAUAUAUGUGAAAUGGUUUAUGUCCAGAUUGUGGUUGGGGGUAGUAGAUUUAAGUUUAUACUUUCGCUAGUGAAUGUGGUGAUAGCUAAGUCCAAAUCUUGAUGAGCUGUCCAGACUUAUAUGUGGACUUAGAUCUGGAGUCUAAAGAGGCACCCAAGGGGAAAUGCGAUUUUAAUGCUGUGGAAAGAUCACUUGCAAGUGUACAAGACUGUAUAACAAAGGGCACUAUAUGAACGUAGGGCAGAGAAUGAAUCAAUGAAUGUGCAUGUGAUUGGACAGGGAGGCAGGUGGGGUUUAGAAAGGAGGCUACAUAAUAGGGGUGAUAGAGAGAAGGAUGGGGGAGGUAAGGGCAGCAAGACAGACACAGAUGGUGCUGCUGAGAAUCCAUUCUGAAGCAUGAAAGCCAAUCUCUGAAGAGAACAGAAAAAGUAAGUGUCUUGAAGAUAAAAGAUAAAUGUAUAUGGAGAAAGAGGAAAUUCUGGAUGAUAGAGAUUAUUAAAAGUAGUCAUUAAAAAAUGAAAAGUGAGGUGCAGAGUAUGACAUGGAAGGGAGCUUUUCAGAGUUUCAAGAAAAGAUAAACCCAUCAAGAAUAUACAAACACAUAAGCAACCACCAGGGAAUGACCUUUUCAUCUCAUGGGCUGUAGGAGAGGGAGGCAGUUUGAACAUGGGUGUUCUAGACCACCUCCAGUGCCAGGGAUUCAUGGUGGUGAAAAGAGAUCAACUCUGUCUGAACUGGACUUGGCUUUCCAAGUGCUGCUUUGGAAAUGAAGACCAAGUGGGGAGACAGGGAAUUCAUGUUAGUUCAUGAGGCUCUGUCUUCCCUUCUUUGUUUCUGCCACUGAAAUCCAUUUUAGAUAAUGCUCAUCAUUGUUGUGCCCAGAGAGGCCACAGGGAAACACUGGAACAACAGGCUUAGGUUAAACUAGACGAAAUCUUGUUCUAUAUCUGCACCAAGACGUAUGUGCCAUAUUGGAACCAUGUAUUUUUCUAGUCCCAUCCAGGCGUCCCACAAGAGAGCCAUGAUGUGGGGCUAAGCCAUUUGUUUCAAGUAAAGGAGAACAGGAGAAAGGAAAGAGAUGAAGAUGUUCUAAGGAAAUAGUGUAAAACAGAAUAGCAUCUGUUUUGUCCAAAGCUACAAAAAUAAAUGGAGAAAAUCACAGUUAAGGCUUAGAUUACUCCCAAUAUAGAGCUAUUAAAUCUUUGAUCCUAAACUGAGUUUGUAGACCUGGAAUUUGCCAUCUUGCUCUUUUCAGUAAGACCUCUGAUAUCUGGAAGCGCUUAUGAUGUUUCUGAAAGAUGUAGAUCCAAAUGUAGGCUGAAUUUCCUUCUGAAUUAAAAUUUAACAUUUUUGUAGAAACAGAUGAAUGUCUUUUCCACUUGGUAAAUGUCUUAGAAUACUAAAUUGAGAUAGAAAGAGACUGGAAUGGUUAAAGGUUUUUAGAUUUCUGGCAUUUUGAGUUCUCUAUAGUGCAGUUAACUCUAUUACUUGGUAGCAAACAUAUGGAGGGUAAUUGUUUAGUUGGUGUAUCUUUUUUCCCCCCAACUGUUAAUAUUGAAAUACUUUAAGACUCAUAAGAAGUUGCAAAAAUAGUUCAGAGUUGCCUUUACCUAAUGCCAGGAUUUCCCAUUGAUAACAUCUUAUGUAAUUGUAGUCCAGUUUCAAACCCAGAAAAUUGACAUUGGUAUACUAUUAACUAAACUACAGAUCUUACUCAGAUUUCACUAGUUCUUCACAUUUAUACAGUUCAUUUCUUGAUAUUUUUAACCCUUGCUGAUUUGUAACCUGGUCUCGCUUGGCUGCAUCAGGAAAGACAUCUGUAAAAUCCUAAAGAGGAUAUAACAAAUUAAUCUGUUCCUUUAUUAGUAAGUAAUAUCCUGCCUAGAUUGUUUCCAUAUUUUCUGACUAGUUCGGCUGUUCAAUUGGCUGAAACAAUCCAAAAACAGCUUAGAAAAAUCAGAUAACGCAAAGGACAGUGAGACCCAGAGCUCACUAGCUCGGUACAGAAGGAAAUUAUAGGUGGUUUCUGCAGUUCCUUCCAGUAGGACUUAUACGGUGGCAAGGAGAGGAGUUUAGAAUAAAUCAGUAUUUUGAUUAAGAACUAGGUGGCACUUCAUCCUUGGCACCAGGAAGAGCUUUUGGAAGGAAUAGAGUACAAUGGUUGAGACUUAUUGUGUAGUAAAACACUACUCUCAGAAUAUUAGAGAAGUUUCAUUUACCUAAAUGUCUAUUCUUAAAUGGAAUAACAACCACAUUGGACUAAACAAAGUACAAAUACAGGAGCAACCUGGCCCAGAGGUUCAGGAAGAUAGGGGAGUUGAAGCUUUAGUUUUGUGGAUUACAGUUUUGAGUUCUAUAAUGGCAUUUUUAAGCUGCCCUGUUUAAGGGUCACGAGAUUAUACGUGAGUUCACCUCUGCACACCCCACGUCCUAUAAAGUUCCUAGCACAUAGUGAGCACACCAUAAAUAAUUGCUGAAUUUUUUUUGAACGAAUGAAAGGUAAAGCAGAAACUUGUCAACUGGCAUACUAGGGUGAAUUUAGGUAGAAUUGCUUUGCUGUAAUGUAGAGGGUUUAUUUUCAAAUGAGGAAAGAGGAAAAUGUGCCCAAACUUGUACCUGUAAGUUACGUCCUCCAUUGCUUUGUUUACUGAUGUUGAAAUUGAUCUAUGUAAAUGUGUUAUUCUUUGAGGUAUUUAGACAGAAAUGCAAGGUUCUUCUCUGCAUGGUACCCCAUCAAGAGCAGGGACAGACUCCGGCCCCAAACCCAGCUCUUUUGGAACAAGAUUUUAAGUUUCUCCUGCAAACACCUUGUCAACAACUUCUCGGGCCUCCAAAGGUGAAAGAUGGGAGUCCCAGGCUAGCUCACGCUUACCCAUGUUCACAAUUGCAUGUAAAGGAAGAAUUUGCAGAGACUCGAGGGAAAGCACAAAGGGAUAAGGCAAUCACUUUAGGUGAAAAACUGUUUCUUGAAAAGAGGCUUGGAGAAAAGUAAAAGUUGAUCAGAUUACUACAAAUGCACCAAGGGUUUGUAAUCUAGCCCAUUCAUUUUAUGUCCUUUACUAUUCAUGAUAUGCUAGUCUUCCACCCCAUUGUCUGGUAACUUUUUCUGAGGACCGAGUUUCUAAAGCAAUGUGGUGCACUCUUCCUAUGAGGAGGAAACAUCUGGGCUUUAUUCUUCAAGCUUUGGAGGUUGAUGUGUCUUGUCAAGGGGUAAAAAUAGCAAAUAAAUUGAUUUUAUUUCUGCUUAAAACUAUCAUAGUCAUUCCAAAAUAGAACGUAUAAAAAUUCUCUGUAUUAGAAAAAAAACGAGAUACCAACUGUAUAUUGUCUUUAUUUAUUCUCUGUAAGUCUGUCAGGUGAUAAAUUGUAAAUAACAAUGAUUAAAGAAAUAUGCUACUGA